AUGGUAGUCAAAGGGUUAAGAUUGUUUGGUGAAACCAAUGGUGUGGUUGAACAAGAUGAACAGGGUCGUAAUUAUGUAUUGAAUAACGAUGAUAUACGUAUAUUAACACAAAUACUGUAUAGAUAUCCGGAUGAGCUUCUGGCAGUAUUGCUAGUUGUUUUAAUCAAAGAACUGGUUGUCAUAUUACUUCACGUACCAUUAGAAAUUAUCGUUGCAGUUUAG